CAAAAAUACUCUGCCACAGUCCCGUAAUGCUCUAGACUCUGCCUAAGCGCCAAACAGUCUACUGAUCUUCUUGAAAUGGUCAGAUUAUGUCCUCAGAAGGAGCAUGUAGUCACCCUUUCUAGGUCGGAUGACGGAGGGAACAGUGAACGGGGCGGUAUCAAAUUACUAGGCUAAAUCAUACGGGAUUCGACCAAAAAGAGACAUCCUAGCACAUUCCGUUUCAAAGAUUCCUCGCCAAAUCCCAUAUCUACAACUCAGAUGCCUUAUAUUAUUAUUCGAUACCCUGACCUCAUCAGAUGGCAAUUAGCCCUCGGAUUAGCCCAACAUGACCUUUCCACGCCGCCCAAAGAUACCUUCACUGACCGGGUUCGCAACCUGCCCCGGUUUCAAGAUUACGAUCACUACCUCCCACUCUUCAUAGGAUUUGGAAUUGUAGGUCUCAUUUACGGUGGACUCCAUUGCGUUGCUUGGAACGCGCCCUUCACUACCAGCAUCGAACGGAUUCUCUGGAGGAUUUCGAGCAUCACUAUAGCCGCAGCAGGUGUCUUGGUUGCUUGCGUGUUUUCUUGGACUAGGCUCCCACCCUUCUGGCAGGGGCCGCGGCUUGUAUACCGAACUAUCGAGGAAUUCGUGGACCGUCUUAUUGACUACAGUAUUAUUCUUUGGGUCUUUGAGAUGGAGAUGGAACUCUCCGAUAGAUUGGAGACCUUUCUCCAAAAAAGAACCUUUUACAAAAACAACGAGCUGCUCUGCGCCCUACUGGGUCUUCUGCCCAUACUCCCUGGAUUCUCACUGUACCUUUCGACAAUAUUUCUCCUUUACCUUUUCAAAGUCCUCUUCGACAUAUUCGCGGUUCUAUUUGGGGUGCUCUAUGUCCUGGCACGCAUAUACUUGGUCGUUAUUUCAUUCAUCAACCUCGCGCACUUACCCGACUCGGCAUAUCUGUUGCCUCAGUGGUCUCGGUAUGUUCCUCACAUUGGAUGAAGGCUGGACUUAGCAGAGAAGGACAGGUCGAGGGCAGAUCGAGGGCAAAGUUUGGGAUAUGGUCUUGUUGUAUGAAGCAUACCAAUUCACGUUAUGUCACAACCUGGCUGUAUAAUAUAUAACGUUUAGUGCUUCUUAUACCUACGCCAGCCAUAGGUAGC